GCCAUUUCGUUGUGUUGUCCAUUUUACAUUACAGAAGACUUCAUUGUUUUUGUGUAUUACUGUGAUGCUUUGUAGUUAAUAAAGUUGUUUUAAAGUUUAUCGAGAGAUGGGUGACUCUCAAGUAGCAAAUAUAGUCAGCGAGAUUUUGCGAGUUGAGGCGGUUGAGGAAGCCUUUAGUUGCUUCCUGGUACAUAAGCCGGAAGAGGAAAAUGAAACGUUAGCAAUGUACCAGAAGAGGCUAUGUGGCGUGAUGACAAACCUGAGCGCAGAGCUACAGGAGUCUGCAUUGCGCCAGUACUUGACGCCGGCUGCAGUUCUCACCAACAGAUACAAAAUGAAACAACUGCUCGGUCUUCUAGAGACACUGGUCAAUACUAAUGUUAUUCAAGCAAGAAUGUUAUGUGAUUGCAUUUUGACCAAUGAAAAACUAGUCUACAAAAAUGCAGAUUUUUGGAUUGAAAGCUUCAAUUUGAUCAGAAGAAUUAUUGGUGGUGUUGAUUACAAAGGCGUCCGGGAAAUAAUGAAGGGUUGCAGAGAAAAAGCACAUACCUUACCAGUUAGGUUAAAUUCCAGUACAAUGCCUCAGUUGAAAGCAUUGUACAAUGUUAUAGAAUAUAUCUUCGAUCGGAAUGCUUCUUUGCUGCCAGCAUACUUUAUUGUUACCGAGAUUCAGAAGGAUUAUCCUGGGAAUAACCACUGGCCUCACUGGCAAUUAGCUAAACUUCUGUCAAGUUUUGUGGAAAGUUUCAAACCUUGUGCUCAAAUGGUGUCUAUAAUUGGACAUUCACAAAUGUUGCCAGUUGUUGAGUUUUCCGGCUAUGCUGAUCAUCUAGUUAACCCAUGGCGUCUAGACCCCACAACAUUAAAAUUUUCACUGAAGGGUAAUUUGCCAUAUGAUGAAGAGCUUCUAAAACCGCAAAUAGCAUUAUUGAGACAUGUCUUACAACAGCCUUAUUCCAGAGACAUGAUGUGUUCAAUGCUGGGCUUGCAAAAGCAACAUAAACAGCGCUGCAUAGCACUAGAGGACCAAUUAGUCGAACUCAUGAUACUUCCCAUGGAAAAGAGUGAGCAAGAGAAUGAAGAUGAUGAAAUGUCUUCAUCACAUUGGUGCUGGCUUCACUUAUCGUCGCAGGUCAUAUACUUGAUCCUCAUUGGUUUCGCGUCAUUCCCCAACAUAGUGAUGGGGCUCCAUAACAAGUUGAUUGGUCAUGACAUGAAGAAAGGGCGUGACCAUCUUAUGUGGGUGUUACUCCAGUUUAUAUCUGGAAGUAUUCAAAGAAAUCCGUCUUCCAACUUUCUGCCAAUAAUCAAACUCUAUGAACUUUUGUAUCCUGAAAAAGAACCAUUGCCCGUGCCAGACUGCACCAAGGCCCACAGCACACAUCAGAUGGCUGUAGUAUGUAUUUGGAUGCACUUGCUGAAAAAAGCUGAAACUGAACACAAGACGAUGACCAUGCCGCAAAAUUUAAAAGUACAGUAUGAGUUUCUUCAACAUCUGAUGACUUCAAAUAAUACACCUACAUUGAUGGGCUCUGACUAUCGCAUAGCACUGCUAUGUAAUGCUUAUUCAACCAACCAAGAAUACUUCGCCAGGCCGAUGGGAGUGAUUAUUGAGACACUAUUUGGGAACCAGAAACCCAUGCCUAAUGGGAAUCCAACCACUCCUUUGCCUAAUGUACCCUUGUCGAUGUGUAUUUUGGACAGCCUGACAUUACAUUGUAAGAUGUCAUUGAUACACUCGAUAGUGACUCAUGUGGCCAAGUUAGCCCAAAACAAAAGCAACAUGCCAGGCAAUAACAUGAUGGCGCCGGCCUUAGUUGAGACUUACAGCCGGUUAUUAGUCUAUACGGAAAUAGAGUCUAUGGGCAUUAAAGGAUUUAUACAUCAGUUGCUGCCGAAUGUAUUCAAAUCUCACGCUUGGGGUAUAUUGCAUAACUUACUGGACAUGUUUUCGUAUCGCAUUCAUCAUGUGCAACCACAUUAUAGAGUGACACUUCUGUCUAACAUACACUCUCUGGCUGCUUACCCGCAAGCCAAUCAGACGCAGUUGCAGUUAUGUUUUGAAAGCACAGCGUUGCGUCUGAUAACGAGCUUGGGUAGCUCCGGUGUUCAGCUGCAAAUGUCCAGAGUGGUCUCGGAGCCGAAGUCUCUCGUGUCUUCCGAGAGUGAGGAACUGAACCGAGUGCUCGUGCUCACUCUGGCGCGAGGCAUCUACAUGACUGGCGCAGGCAGCGACGGAGCGGCAGUCAAGGAACUCCUGACCACUAUAAUGACGAACACACCACACAUGUGGUCACAACACACGCUUCAAUGCUUCCCGCCGAUGCUCGUUGAGUUUUUCGCUCAGAACCCAGCCCCGAAAGAGAACAAGCAAGUGCUAAAGAAGUCGGUGGAGGAGGAGUACCGCAAGUGGACGUCGAUGGCUAAUGACAACGAUAUCAUUUCGCACUUCUCAGUGCCCGGCACGCCGCUCUUCCUCUGUCUACUGUGGAAGAUGAUAUUCGAGACCAACAGGAUCAACCCCGUUGCUUUCAAAAUUUUAGAGCGCAUCGGUGCCCGAGCGUUGUCGGCACAUUUACGCAAGUUCUGCGACUACCUCGUGUUCGAAGUGACGAACCCGGCGGGCGGGCCGCACAUCAACAAGUGUGUGGACGCGAUCAACGAUAUCAUAUGGAAAUACAACAUCGUCACCAUCGAUAGGCUCGUCUUGUGUUUAGUACUACGCCCCAACCCCGACGGUAAUGAAGGUCAAGUCUGCCUCUACAUUAUUCAAUUGUUACUGUUAAAAGGUUCAGAAUUGAGAAAUAGGGCACAAGACUUCGUAAAGGAAAACUCACCGGAGCAUUGGAAACAAAAUAAUUGGUACGACAAACAUCUAGCAUUUCACAGAAAGUACCCAGAGAAGUUUGCUCCCGAAGAAGCGGGCACUGCUUACGGCGGUCCCAUACCUGUGUACUUGAGUAACGUGUGCCUCAGAUUCCUGCCCGUUCUAGAUAUAGUAGUACAUAGGCAUCUGGAGAUACCUUCCGUUUGCAAGAAUUUGGAACAACUCUUGGAACAUCUAGGAUAUUUGUACAAGUUUCAUGAUCGGCCAGUUACAUUCUUAUACAAUACUCUGCACUACUACGAGUCGAAGCUUCGAGAUAAACCGCUGUUGAAGAGGAAGCUCGUGAAUGCCGUGUUGGGCUCUCUGAAGGACGUCCGUCCGGCGGGCUGGGCCACCACCGAGACCUUCCAGACGUUCCUAGCUAAGAGUGAAGUCGACGCCACUGCUUGGACCCCGGACCUUAACUAUUAUCUCACUUUGGUCAAUCGGAUGGUUGAUACUAUGACCGGCAGCUCCCAUUUCCCUAACACAGACUGGCGCUUCAACGAGUACCCGAAUCCUUCUGCGCAUGCGUUAUACGUGACCUGCGUCGAACUGAUGUCUCUGCCUCUCGCGCCCAACUUCGUAGGCAAUGCACUCUUAGAUGUAGUUACCAAAGGCUUCGUCGUCAUACCAGCUACGAAAAUACAGCUUUGGAUCAAUGCCAUCGGACUCAUAAUGGCAGCUUUACCUGACCCAUAUUGGACGGUUAUCCACGACCGCAUACUAGAACUUAUGACGAACAACGAAAUGACGGAAUGGCCCUAUCCGCAUACACCCUUUCAGUUGUUCAACCUCACUAUCACAAAUGAUGCCUUGUUGGAGAACAAAUAUAGUUUAACUUUGGCUUUGGCUCACGCGAUUUGGUAUCAUGCGGGCGCGGGACAAAUUAUGCAAAUUCCUGUAUUCGUCAAAGAAAAGUUAUCAGUGGAGAUUCACUCCGAGGUUCAGUUGUUGUACCUCUGCCACUUGGUGGGGCCGUUCCUGCAACGAUUCAACUCGGACUUGUCGAGAGCGGUGAUGGACAUCACUAUAACAUUGUACGAACUGUUGGCGCAUAUCGACAAGUCUCAGCAGCACCUACAGUACAUUGACCCGAUAUGUGACUUGCUAUAUCAUAUAAAAUACAUGUUCGUGGGCGACACAAUGAAGAACGAGGCCGAGGGCGUGAUUCGCAAGCUGCGGCCGGCGCUGCAGAUGCGGCUGCGGUUCAUCACGCACUUGAACGUGGAGCAGAUAAACACCGCCUAGCAGAGCGACUACUACAGCUACACGCCUUCCAGCUCAAGCUCCAGCUCGGAAUAGGCGCGUAACUGUAGUCACCACAGACUUACCAACCCCACAGAACUUAUAAAGUGCACCUAUUUUGUGAUCGGACUUUCAAGUGACUAGUUGUGGCUCUUUUGGCAAGCGGCUGUCACUAACGAGCUGGCCAGCCUAUAUAGUAUCUUUGAGUCGACUCUUAACGUAAACAAUCUUGUUACGAAUUUUGUCAUAUUCGUCAUAUUGUGUCGAAUUUGUCGUUCGUAAUUUGACAUGAAAAAAAUGACAUAUAAUAUUAUCAACAUUGUUUACCUUUUGUUAAGUGUCUUCUCAAACGAAGUAUAGUUCAACUACAUCACAGAAAACGACGUUAAGAACUAAACUUAAUAGCAAUAAGUUAAAUUCAUAUAAAACCAGGUAUUUUCCUAUUGAAUAUUUUAUUGUUAUAAAUAGGUUGGUGAUAAUUAAUGAUGUUGAUGUGACCUUAACUGAUUUCUGCAAUACCUGCUUUAAAUGAUGUUGAAGACAAAAUCAGGUAAAUAGACUUGAAAAAUAAGCAAUCUUAUAGCGUAAUAAAAUACUUAUAGAAAUACAAAUGAAUAUAUAGGAAAUAUAAAUAAGUGGAUGUAAGAAAACAUGAAAUCUUAAAGUUCUUCAAUGCAAUAAACAAUCACACUAUUUUGUAAGUUAAAUGCGUUAAGAUAAUUUUAAAACAUCGAAUAUGAGUUAAUAAAGUAAAUAGAGUAUAACAUGAAGAGAGAUAUCCGUAGUAAUACGUCACUACUAUACAUAGUUUACAUCUCAAUAUCUCGUUUAGGGCCGAAACACAAUAUCCGGGUUGCGGCGCCUCAACGUUGAAAUCGACAGCUUUGCGUUGCAGCAUUGCUGCAUCGUAAAAAACUAGUAUAUUAGUAGGGUUACCAGUUCUUCGUGAUUGUUUUUACCGUGGAUAGUCAAAAUUCAAUUCCAGUUUAAAUGCAAUCCGAUAAAUUGUUAUAUUUGACUUUAAAAAGCUUAUCAGUCUACUUUGUAAGAUCUUUCGGAGUCAAUAAAAAGAUAAAUAAAGAUAAGUAUCGCAACAUACGUACUGAACAUUGUCACCAAGUAUGUCGUCAGAACUCUGUAUGUUGUGCCGCAGUGCUGUCAACAAAAUUCACGUGAACUGGUGGAACGACGAAUUUGGUGGAGCGGCGCCGGCGCCGCAAAGCAUUUAUGUUUCGACCCUUAAGUUGUCAUAUAUUUAUGAGUGAAGCUAUUUAUUUAAAUCUGUAUAUAAAGUCUGAAAUCGUGGAAACGCUUAAUCAUAGCCAGAUCAACACUUAAUAUUUUAAGUUGUAUUUCUUCUAAUUAGGAGAAUGUCAGUACUCGGUAUAUUAUCUAAUUAAAUCUAAUAAGUAUUAAAUUACAAAACAAAAAAUAAUAUAUGAGAAACUAUUUUUGGUACAUUGUAAUACAAAUGUAGCACUGAGGUAUCAUAAUUAUGUAAUGAAUUAUAAAGGUACUCUUUUAUUCUUAACCAAGUGUUUCCCUUGGUUCUACAUGUUGCCACAUAGUUAUCGAACGACUACUGAACUUGAACAGGUUCAGCUGUUGAAUUGUGUAUGAAGAAAAUUCACUCUCGCUAUUAUAAUAAUGUUAAGCGUGUCCAAGUUAUUUGCAAAAGGCUUAUAACAAUGGUGGAUUUUAGAAACGUAUUAAGUUUGAUAUAAUACCUACUAUGUCAAUCUUUUCUCUGUAUGUCUUGACGAUCAUUAUUAAUUUAUUGUUGACUCUAUUUUAACUCAAUUGUAUAAUAUUUAUUACGUUAGAGUAAACUUUUUAGUAGUAAGUACAUAUUA